CAUACACUUGCAUUGUAUGGACCUACGGAUCUGAGAUAAAAAAAUCUUUGUUUGUGUUCAGCAGAAGAAAGUCAUACAUAUCCGGGAAGGCAUGAGUAAAUUAUGACAGAAUUUUAAUUGUUGGGUGAAAUCUCUCUUUAAUGAAUUUUACUGCACAGAUAACAUAAUAGCAAACCAUGCUGUAUCUGCUAACAAAUUAUGCUAGACCUUUUCUAGAACUAAGUAAAAUUUUCAUUCACAAGACAUUUGUAAAAUUACUUUUAAUUGUCUGGUCCCCAAGUGAUGAAGUCAGUUUCCCUCAAGCUCACACAGGUGUUAUAGGACAGUUCAGCACAUUAACUAAUGGCAUGUUCCACUAACGUUUGAUAACCAGAAAAUGUCAGGAGUGAAAACAGAACCCAGUCGCAGACAGCUGUGAAGAUUCUUUAUUGAUAAAGAAAUAAUCAAAAUACAACACAAAACUGGGUACAGAAAAUAAAAAUGUAGCCAAGACUACAGCUAACAGGGCUGUAAACAAAACUACCCAUGUGAAGGCAAUAAAACAAAAGAAGAAAAAAAUAAAAAUUAGGAAACGACGUUACAAGAGAUCAAACGGUUAUGUGGCUUAGGUUUUGAAGUAUAAGAUAAAAAAAAUAUGAUCCCUCCCUUGCCUAUUUAAUCAGUGCACUGUUAUCCUCUUUAACUUCAAUGUUCAUAGCCGUUUGAGGAAAUUUGCGGUACACAUCCUCUAAUAAUGCAAAGUUUCUGUUUGUCCAAGUGCUGUAGUGGCCUGUGCAAGGAGAAUUAAAAUGUUCUAAUUAUACAUUAUUAUUAUGCAUAAAUAAAUAUGUAUACUUCCAUCAGUUAAAACACACACCUUUUUAAGUUAAGACACUUUAAAGUUGACCUCAAGUGCCUAUUUAUAAGAUGGCAACUCCUGAAAAGUAUAAUAAGUACAGUACAGUUUAAAAAAUAGAAACCAAUACUUGUUCCAUUGGGAGAACGUUUCCUGCAGUUCUAUCCACAACAGAUCUUCAACAGGUCUGUAUAUUUAACUAAUUGCCAUACUCUGUUAUUGUUAUUGAUCAAUUGAAUCUAACUAAAUGCAACCCUGCAGAGCAUACAUACCAGAUUCAUUGGAUUCUAAGGGACAGUUUGUUCAUCUAUUUAAUUGAAAGGUAAUGUAGGGGAAAAGACAGAUCUCAGAAGUAAUAUCAAGCUAAAACUUUUCUGCAUAUAUGUUUGAAAUGGUUUUGUGAGCUUUAUUCUGUUGCAGACUGACUUUGAGAAAAGGGAUGUUCAAACACCUUAAAGACAGAGGAAUUCAGAAUACUCAAAUCUAUCUUUAUUCUGGAAAAAGCCAUGGGGAAACGCUACUAACUCUGGUGGACCUGAUAUGGUGAAACAGACCAAGGCCAAAACCUUCCAGGCCUAUCUGGACUCCUGUCAUCGGCGUUAUAGCUGCGUCCACUGCCGUGCACACCUGGCCAAUCAUGAUGACCUCAUUUCUAAGUCCUUUCAAGGCAGUCAAGGACGUGCAUACCUGUUCAAUUCUGUGGUGAAUGUAGGUUGUGGUCCUGCAGAAGAAAGGCUGCUACUGACCGGUCUUCAUGCGGUGGCUGAUAUUUACUGUGAGAAUUGCCGCACCACGCUGGGCUGGAAAUAUGAACAGGCAUUUGAGUUGAGCCAGAAGUACAAGGAGGGGAAGUUUAUCAUUGAAUUAUCUCAUAUGAUUAAGGAUAAUGGCUGGGACUAAAGGCUUGAGUCUUUGCUAUAACUUGCUUUCACCGCUUGCAGCUUCUCCAAGAACAGCAUGAGAUACACUUCCUUUUAUAUAUAUAUAUAUCAAUUUAUGAUCUUCACUGCUGUUGUGAGCACCUUUUUUCCACACUGAUAUCCCAAUGCACCUGUUUUUCAGAGGAGGUGGGUUGUCUUACCUCUGCGUUUGUGUGUGGGUGUAUGUGUUUGGGGGGUGUGCCUAUGCUUGUAUGUAAGGGAUGCUGUGGUGUGCUUGAGAAACUGUGCCUGUAUUCUUGUCAACCACUUCAGCCCUUUUUCAAAGAAUUCUUUAAUUUUGUUGGGAUUUUGACUUAAGCCCUCAAAUUCUCCUGAUUAAGUGCAAUUUAAUAUUUUUUGACAAUUUGAUUACAACGUUAAGCUCCAAUGCCUUUUUAUUCAGAUAAUUUUUACUUCAAAUAAUGAGGUCUUUGUGAAAGAGGUUGUGCGAGUACAAAAAUUAGAGUGAAAUUUUACCGAUUGUAAAUGUUUCUUUUAUUGUGUGUGAGAACUUUGCGUAAAGAGGGUUAUGUGCAAUAUGUGUGUGUGAGAGCGAGAGAGCGAGAGAGAGAGAGAGAGAGAGAGAGAGCUUGCAUAGAAAAGAUAAUUAUUCAUGCCUCCAAAUUCAGUAAUAUUUGGUUAAAUAAACCUUUUUAAUUUAACGGGUCACUGAGGGGUGUGUGUGUGUGUGUGUGUGUGUGUGUGUG